UAUGGCGCUCAUUCGAUGAAGAAUAGCGCUAUUGUGAAUUUCGCUCGUUUAGAUUGUUCACAAUAGUAUAUUUCUGUCAGCUGAGAAAGAAAAACCGAGUUGAUUAAAACGUAAAACUAAAUAGUUUACAAAUUUGUCUAAAUAAAAAUAAAUUAAAAAGAAAACGAGUUGAUAAGAACUUAAUGAAAAUGAGUACGACGGAGUUGUGGUUUGGCGAUUCAUCAGAAGAUGAAAGCUUAGUGGAGCUGGCCAGAAAUAGGAAACGGUUGAGGGACGCUUCCAACCCCUUAGAAAUUGAUUCCACUGCAUUUAUAAAAAACUUCCGAGUAUCUAAAGAGGUGUUUGUGGACCUGCUGACCACUACAGAAGACCUGCUGAAUCAAUGCACCCGAGCGAAAUCUAUUCCGCAUGUUUUAAAGCUAGCAACAGUUCUGCGAUUUUGUGCUCAGGGAUCGUACCAACUUAGCAUUGGCAAUGAAAAUAUGCUUGGACUUGCACAGCCCACGGUGUCUGUGGUGCUAUCAGAAGUGCUAGAUGUUCUGGAAAGUUUUAUUUGCCAAAGAUGGAUAAAAUUCAAUUACACAGAGGCUGAACUGCAACAAGCAAAAUCACAUUUUUAUAACAAAAGUAGAAUUCCAGGAAUAAUCGGGUUGAUGGCACACACAUUAAAAUUGUCGCACCUAGGAAGGAACUGCAGCAUUUGUAUUAUAACAGAAAGGGAUUCUUCAGCAUUAAUGCUAUGGUUGUCUGUGAUCAUACAAUGAAAAUUCGAUACAUAAAUGCCAAAAAUCCGGGAGCGACACAUGAUUCUAUGGUUUUUAAUAUGUCGUCACUGAAAAUACAUUUAGAGCAGCAACAUCUUAAUGGUCUUCGAAAUACUUGGCUACUUGGUGAUGCUGGAUACGCUCUGAAACCUUACUUAAUGACGCCGUUCAGAAAUUCUGAGGAAGGAUCUCUACAAAGGGCAUAUAACAAACAACAUGCCAAAGGAGGAAGUAUCAUUGAGCGAACAAUUGGAGUUUUGAAGAAUAGGUUUAGAUGUUUGUUGCAGGCAGGUGAAGAGCUCCACUAUAUUCCAAAAAAAGCAACACAAAUUAUAAAUGUGUGUGCAGCUUUGCACAACAUUUGCUUGUUUUAUAAUGUACAAAUCCCCGAUGAGGAGGAGUUUUCAAAUGUGACUUAUGACGAUGAUGUCGGAGACGUUGAAGUGGAACCUGUUGACAACUCACAAGCAGAAGACAUAAGAAAUGAAAUUUUAAGAACAUUAUAG